GGUCAGCUGACUCUGAUGCUGCUGUCAGGAGACCUCGCCAACUGUGCUUGAAUGGCAGCAAUGCGAUUCAGCAUUCCAUAAUAUGCAAUAAAGGUUACAUUUCUCUCCUAACGAACACAGUUUAAUACAUAGUCCAGCCAGAAUCAUGACUGAGUUUUGGUUGAUAUCUGCUCCGGGAGAGAAAACCUGCCAGCAAACAUGGGACAAAAUGAUGGCGGCAACCACACGCACCAACAAUCUCUCUACCAACCACAAGUUCAGCAUCCCAGACUUGAAGGUGGGAACUCUAGAUGUCUUGGUUGGGCUGUCAGAUGAAUUGGCCAAAUUAGAUUCUUUUGUUGAAAGUGUAGUAAAGAAGGUGGCUCAAUACAUGGCCGACGUGCUGGAAGACAGUCGAGACAAAGUGCAGGAGAACUUGCUGGCCAAUGGAGUUGAUCUCAUCACCUACAUCACACGGUUUCAAUGGGACAUGGCCAAGUAUCCCAUCAAGCAAUCACUCAAAAACAUUUCUGAAAUUAUCUCUAAGCAAGUCACCCAAAUUGACAACGAUUUGAAGACCAGAGCAUCAGCAUAUAACAACCUGAAAGGAAACCUACAGAAUUUAGAAAGGAAGAAUGCGGGGAGCUUGCUGACCAGGAGCUUGGCUGACAUUGUCAAGAAGGAAGACUUUGUUCUAGACUCAGAGUACCUUAUCACUCUGAUUGUUGUGGUACCAAAAACAUCUUAUGCGGACUGGCAGAAAACAUAUGAAACGCUUGCAGAGAUGGUGGUGCCUCGAUCCUCCAAUCUUUUGUUUGAGGACAAUGACAGUGGAUUGUUCAGCGUGACUCUAUUUCAGAAAGCAAUUGAUGACUUCAAACACAAAGCCAGAGAGAACAAGUUCUCGGUGAGAGACUUUCAGUACAAUGAAGGGGAAAUGAAGGCCGAUAAAGACGAGAUGACUCGGCUGUCUACAGAUAAAAAGAAGCAAUUUGGUCCACUUGUUCGAUGGCUGAAAGUGAACUUCAGUGAGGCUUUCAUCGCGUGGAUCCACAUUAAAGCACUGAGGGUUUUUGUUGAAUCUGUUCUCAGAUAUGGACUGCCAGUGAACUUUCAGUCCAUGUUACUGCAGCCAAACAAGAAGACUACAAAGAAGCUGAGGGAGGUGCUCAAUGAUCUAUACAAACAUCUGGACAGCAGUGCUGCAGCAAUUAUUGACUCAGCAAUGGAUAUUCCAGGAUUGAAUCUGAGCCAGCAGGAGUAUUAUCCAUACGUGUACUACAAAAUUGACUGCAACCUUCUGGACUUCAAAGUGUAAGACUUCCAUUUUCAUGGUACAUCCCCCACUUGCUUCCGUGUUCCUGGAGUCUCAUCGCUUCCACACUUGAAUGACCGAAAACGCUGCAUGCUCAUUCGUUGUGGCUACAAAACACACAUACACGCUUAUAUCACUUUUAAAAAGGACUUAUUAGUCGUUCUACAUGAUGUGGAAGUGUUGUAAUGAAGAUGUUUGUGUGUUUUUAAGUUAUCCCUGUUUAAUUUUUAUGCAACUCCUCAUGAAUGGUCUGGUAAGGGAACUUCACAAGAUUUGCACAAGAUCUUUUUUUUUGCUGCUCAUGAUUAAUUUUUUUGAAAAUGGCAGCCAGAAUGUGUUUUUUAUGUAAGAAUUGUGUAAACUAGAGUAAGGGAGCAAGGGAAUUUUGGGGAGCUACUUCUUGGUCACGAAUCCUUUGCUCUCGCCACUUCACGGACAGCAUUUUUGUGAAUACAGCACUGUCGCUGGAUCAUACAGUGUUCAUGCAAUUAUUAUAUUUCCAAUAUAGAAUUCUUCUUUACCGUUUACGGAUAACCAUUAGUGCAUGUCCUUUUUAAAUAUCAUUUUUAAAUCCCUUCAAAAAUGCUUUUGUGUACAGCUUAUUCUUGAGGCAAACAUUGUAAAAUUAAUUUUAAAAAUGAUGGUGGAUAUUUGUAUAUGUAUUAGCCAUUCCAUAUGUGUACUGUACAGCUCCUGUGUUGAUGUUUUUGUGUUGCAUUAAAUUCAUUCUAUUAUAUGUGUGACAACCAAAUUAGUUGUGUGUUUGUGAGAUGACUGCAUGCUGAUAUUGUGGAAAUGUUUGUUUUGUGCCGUGUAUAACUUUUUAAAAAGGGGCCAUUAUGAGUCCAUUACAUUGAUGGUCACAGCUUACUAAUGGUUUUAAUUAACAA